GAUUCUGGGAAUGGUAGGCCAGAAUACUUGACAACCACCGAUCUAUGCUGUCUGGUGUGGUCCUUGUUUAGAUUACAUCCAAAGAAAUGAGCCAAGAAAAGGGUUUCUUGGGAGCCACAGAAGCGUAUAAAAGCCAACUUCCAAUCUUCUGGAGGAAAAAAAAAGACGCCAUCCAUUAAAGACGUCUCCCGCCUGGGAAUUUUUGGUCCUGUUUUGUAUCCAGAGACCAACCAAACGACUACCAAGAUGUUCGAAAGAUGUUCUCGCCAGGGUGAGAAGCCGGCCUCACGCUUCCCUUCUCGGUGGUCUUUUGAGGAGGAGGUUCCUAAGCGGAACUGAAGGCAGCGGUGCCUUGUUGCAGGGAGGACGCCUAUUGGCAGCGCUCCAGUGACGCAACGGGGGAACCUGCGGCGUGGCGCACCGGCCUCGCAGCGCGCGUUGUCAGUCGAUAACAGGAUUCCUAUCCGCCCUUCAGUCAAGCUUCUCUUCAACAUGCCUCAGCUUCCAUAUUUAUACAACAUCUGCAAGCAUUUUCUUUUUCACAACUUUAGUAAAUCUAGUUCAAAUUGUUUAAAUAUAUGGGUCAAAAACAUGCAUACCUCAUUAGCCAGUAAAUGUGAAGCUCAAGAAAAAUCAUUGUCUUUGUAUGAUGAUGAAAAUUUGCUAUAUAGAGUAGACAGUGAUAAUGAUCAACAACUGCAUAUACCAGUUAUGGUAAAGGAGGUUGUGAAUUUUUUAGCACCACAGAAAGGACAGUGUAUUCUUGAUAUGACGUUUGGAGCUGGAGGCCACACCAAGGCACUUCUGCAAAAGGAAAUGGAUAUUAAAUUAUAUGCACUUGACAGAGAUCCCACAGCUUAUGAACUAGCUCAGCGGCUUUCUGACUCUUACACGCAACAAAUACAGCCUCUUCUAGGACAGUUUAGUCAAUUAGAAGCCUUGUUAACUUCUGCUGGUGUCCAGCCAGGGAAUCUAGAUGGUGUUCUUUUGGAUGCUGGUUGCUCUUCCAUGCAACUUGAUACCCCAGAAAGAGGGUUUUCCCUACGAAAAGAUGGCCCUUUGGACAUGAGGAUGGAUGGUGACAGGUAUCCUGACAUGCCCACUGCUGCUGAUGUUGUGAACGCUUUAGAUCAACAGGCACUUGCGUCCAUCCUGAGAACGUAUGGGGAGGAGAGGCACGCCAAGAAAAUAGCUUUAGCAAUUGUUCAGGCACGCAGCGUCUACCCCAUCACCCGAACUCAGCAGCUUGCCAGCAUUGUUGCAGGUGCUUUCCCUGAUGUGGCUUUGUAUGCUCGGAAAGACUUGCUUCAUAGACCUACUCAUGUGGCUACCAAAACUUUCCAAGCCUUGCGUAUUUUUGUCAACAAUGAAUUACAUGAACUAUAUGCAGGACUGCAAACAGCUGAGAAGUUUCUAAAACCUGGUGGUCGAUUCGUAGCUCUUUCUUUCCAUUCCUUAGAGGACCGCAUCAUCAAGAGAUUUCUUCUCGGAAUAGAUAUUUCAGAAAAAUUCAACCUCAGUGUAAGACAGAAGAUCAAGCAAAUGGGAAGGGAUUUUUCAGAACUAGAGGAGGAAGAUGAAUUUUCUAAUGGAAAUGUUAAUUUAAAAUGGAUAGCUAUACAGAAAAAAGUGCUUACUCCUCAGGCUAAGGACCUUCAAGAUAAUCCAAGAGGACGUUCUGCAAAGCUAAGAGGAGCUAUCAAGAGCCCAGGAGCAAGCCAUCAGAACAAAUGCAAUUAAGGCCAAGAUUGAAAAAUCAGCUGAUGACCCAAAAUGCAGACUGUGCAAUGAAACUGACGAAACCAUUGAUCAUAGCCUCAGCUACUGUAAGAAAAUCGCACAGACUACAAACAGAGGCACAACUAUGUGGCCCAAAUGAUUCAUUGGAACUUAUGCCUCAAGUGCCACCUCCCUGCAGUAAAGAACUGGUGGGAUCACAAACCUGCAAAGGUUGUGAGAAAUGAACACGCAAAAAUACUGUGGGACUUCCAAAUCCAGACUGACAAAGUUCUGGAACACAACACACCAGACAUCACAGUUGUGGAAAAGAAAAAGGUUUGGAUCAUUGAUGUUGCCAUCCCAGGUGACAGUCGCAUUGACAAAAAACAACAGGAAAAACUCAGCCGCUAUCAGGACCCCAAGAUUGAACUUCAAAGACUCUGGCAGAAACCAGUGCAGGUGGUCCCGGUGGUGAUGGGCACACCGGGUGCUGUGCCAAAAGAUCUCAGCCGUCAUUUGGAAACAAUAGACAUUGACAAAAUUACAAUCUGUUAACUGCAAAGGGCCACCCUACUGGGAUCUGCGCGCAUCAUCCGAAAAUACAUCACACAGUCCUAGACACUUGGGAAGUGUUCGACUUGUGAUUUUGUGAUAUGAAAUCCAGCAUAUCUAUCUUGUUUGCUGUGUCAUACAAUAAAAUAAUAAUAAUAAUACUUUAUUUGUAUACCUCUCUAUCUCCCUGUCCCUUCAGGGCGGUUUCCAACCAGUGCAAAACAACAUACAAUAUACAAUAAGUUUAUACAGUAAAACGCAUCAUUAAAACAAAACAAAACAAUUUGGUUAAAAUUAACAAUCAAUAAAAUAAACAAUCACAGUCAGAACCUUUGCCCAAGGGGGCAGGAAUCAGGGCAGGUUAACAUGGUCCAUAUUAGGGAUAGAAAAACUUGUGCACAUAUCUUAGGGACAAGAGGUGGGCAGUGUACCAGAGUAGGGUCCUCUGUUUCUGGGGACAAUAGACCAUACUGAACACAUAUCUCUAUACUCCAACAAGGAGGUGGCCAGGAGAUUUAGGAGGUAUAGUCUGGGGACUUGUAGCAUCUGCUGCCUGAAGUGGUUUCUGCCCUCUGCUUAAUGGUUGGACUGGCCCUUGGUUGAAGAAGAGUUGAAAAAUUACCACACAGAAGAAAACCCUGAUGGAGGUUAAGUUUGAUCGAGGCCUGUAACUGAGGCCGCAUUCAGACAGCACUUUAAUCCACACCGAAGAGGGUUUAAAAAGCCUGCUUUGGCACAGAUUAACGUUCACACAGCAUUUUCCCCAUGGAGUGGCAACAUACCAUCCUGGUAUCUAGUCAUGCCCAAUCCUCCCCCCAAGCCCUAAAACCAGUUAAGAACUUACCUGCCCACCAUUAUGCCUUUCAACAUGCUUUUUGGAACAUACCAAUGUAAUGCUAAGAGAUGGAAGCAGGAACAAUCCCCCACCCCAUCUUCUCACGUGUCAUUGGUAUGUUCUAUCAGGCUUGAACAGAGGCCUAAUGGUGCCUGGUAAGUUUUCUUUUUCUUUUUAAGGGGUUUGGGAGUGUUUGGGGAAGGGGUGGGUGCCAUAUCAUAUCUUUGGGCUCCAGGAGCCAAAAAGGUGCGAGAUGGGUGGGCUCUGAAGGAUAGAAACCUGUUGUUUUCCAGGAUAUCUUUUUAAAAUAUUCCUUUUCUCAGCCGCAAUGAAAAAUGACUGAGCUGACAACUAAAUUAGUGCAUGAAAAGGAAAUGAGAGUUCUGAUCAGCCAGACGGUCUAAAAGAGAUGUGGAGGAAAUAUAGUCCCACAAAGGUAAGAGUUGCUAAUUCUGCUGUGUGAGUCACAGCUGCAAUGUUCUUUUAGAGCGGCCACUCCGUCCCUUGGCAAAUAUAGAAUUUUUGUUUCCCAGCAGUCUGUUUAGCCUAGCUUCCAACAUCCUAUGUGGUAACAAUGCUUCAGAAGCUUUUUAAAUGGAUCUCGUUGUCAGAAAAGUUGCUGCUUCUAUUAGCUGAAAUGACCCCUUGCGUUCAUUACAUUCUAUGACUCUGCCUCUCCUUUAUAUAGUUUCUUUCUCAUUUACUCUUUUGCUCCAAAAAUUAUUUCAAAGAAGCACUAAGACUAGAUCCACAUGUGUGUAUUCUCUCCUCUUUCAUGUCUGUAUGACAUCAAGGACUUGAAAUAUUGAUAAGACUCCUACUCUUUUAAUGGACUAUUCACAGCCUAGAUUUUGUUUGAAAAAGAUAAUAAUAAGAACUGCUCUUCAGUAUGCUUUUUUCAUAAGAACUUUGUAUGACGUUGGACAGGAAACCUUUGACGGUGAAUCUUGAAUCCUACUUGGAAAGAAGAAUAUCUGAAGUGGUAUCUAAGGCCCAGUUUGGAGAUUGUGUUGUAGUUUCCCCAGGUGAUAGCAGGUAAUAUCAUGGACAGCUUCGAAGACACAUUGGGCACUAAACUGGACAAAGAUGAGACUACAUAAUGACACUAUGUACACUUAAGGGUGCCACUAGGGUUGGUGCAGUAAUUUAUGAUAUCACCCCAAGGACUUCCUCCCAUAUAAAAAUUGUAUUUAAAAUACAAGACAAUAUGAACAAAAUCAGAUAUUGUAAUAAACUGGCAGCAAUGAAUUCAAUAGCAUACUUGUAGCACGUGCAGAUGAAAUUAUGCAUUUUGAAGGUAGCUCGGACCGGAGCACAUGCACAUUAGAAUGUUCAAAAAGUAAAUCAGGUUUCAGCUCUGAAGGUAUAUUGAUAAGCAUGUAAAUUGGCUUUAGGAGAAAAUGUUUGAUUGUUAAUACCUUGACUUACGAGCAACCAAACUUGUGAGUUUUUUGAGAUCACUCAGCUCAUUUUUUGCUUCAAGAUACAAGCAGAGAUUUGAGUUACAAGCUAGAUAUCCCUUUUUGUGGCCUCCUUUUCCACCACUGUCUUCCCUCCCACAAGUCCCUCUCAAUGCCUCCUGCCACUCUUUUUUCUUUCUUCCCUUCCCUUAAUUUUUUUCUCCACCUCCUCAUGUCUCCAUCAGACUCAAUGCUAUUGACCGAAGGCCUCGUCCCUUCCAUGAUGUAAGCUCGGAUUGGACGAGCCAGGUGCCCAUUGUGAGGGAAUGAGACGUACACAAUAUAUGUGUAGAGGGAUGUCUCUUUCCCCCCUCCUCUCUGGCAGCAUCAAUGGCUCCUUCAGAGUGGUGCUGGUGGUGGCAACUAUGGACUUAAGCCAAAGUUGGGCCUGAGAGGAGGAGGAAGGGAGGGCCCUUUGAGUGACUCCCUCGAGCGACAGAGAGGCAGCAGCAUUUGGGAUGCCAGGAUGGGGAGUGCAUGCGUGAUGAAAAGGGGGGUAGGAGUGUGUGCUUUAGGUGGCAUUGGCUUGAUUGUCCCCUUCAUCAUCCGCCACUUUGGAGGAGGCGGGUGGGAGGUAACAAAAUGUGUGGUGUUUUGGGGGCUGGGAUAGAUUAAUAGCAUUUCAAUUCAUUUCAGUGGGGAAAUUUGAUUUGUCGUAUGAGCAAAUUGAGUUACGAGCUUGGUCACAGAACAAAUUAAACUCGUAUGUCAAGGCAUUACUGUAUAGGGAUAUUUUAAAUAUAAAUCAAUACAUUUCUGCUGACACAAUGCACAAAAAAUUAUAGACCAUCAUUUUGGUGUCACCCAUUCUGAUGGUGUCAUCUGAUAUGGUUUACACCACACACGCACGCACACACACAGUGAUUCCACAUACUAGCCAGCAAACACUGACAUCUAUCUGCCUGGUACCCAGUAAGUCUGUAGUAUGAUCAGAUCAGGAGUAUUUAAAAUGUCUGCAUUCUCCAUUCUCUUUAUGAUAGUAAUUGCUUUGGUAUUAUCUUGUCUUUCUGCCAGCUCUAUUUCCAAUCUCCUGUUUUUUCCCCUUCUUUUUUGGUAUUCCUCAUUCUCCUCUAUCUGAACUCUGAUUGCUUUUUUUAUUAUUAGGACCUGGCAUUUUACCCUGGAAAGCAAGGAGCCACAGACGGAAGAAAAUAGUUUGAUCAAUUUUAUGAGUUGACUGCUUCGUGGAAUCUGUGAAGCUGUGACUCCAAUUUUAAAGUAGAUUCAGCUUUCCAGUGAUGUUAUGAUGAUUUCUUAUUUCCAAGGGCCUAUUUUUAGUUGUUCUGAAUUAUUGGGAGAUUAGAGAGGCUAAUUAGCAUAAUUGUCACCUUGAUGAAAGUCCUGAGAGGAUAGUAUGCAAUAAACUCUCAGAAACAGAUACAGUUCCUCCAUCUCCAGAUAUAUUUUCCCUCAGUUCUUCAUUGCAUGCAAAAGACAAAUCUUUGACCAUGGAAAUAUAUUAGUUGAAUGGUAUAUUCUGCUGAAUGCUCUGCACUGCGAAGUUUAAAAGAGCUUUUUUUCUAGAGUUAUUCACAAACCAAUAUGCCAAAGAAAGGAGCCUGCUCAAGGAUUUUUCAUAGACCCUCUAUUGCAAAAGAUAUCUGUGUUUGGGCAUGUGUUUGUUUUGUGCUCUUUCUAAUGCGCUUUUACUGUUCCUAUACUAACCCAUGAAGAAAGGGUGCAAAAUAGAUAGAUGGAGCACAUAAGAGUUAUCUUGUGGAAGCGUUUCCAUGCUCUCUGAGCAAGCCAUCAGCAACAUUAAUAAUUUGAGAAUUGCCAGAAGAUAAUUGUCCUGAUAGGGCCAUCUGAAGGUCCUGAAAGAACCCAAGGUAAUUGUAUCAAUAAAGGCAUUCUAGCAUGUAGACAACUGUUAGAAGCAAGGGAGGUAAACUGGCCCACCCAUAAUGGAGAGCCGUAGCUCUUAUCUCAGUCCUUACAAAAUAAUUCAUUUUUGUUUCCAAAUGCUUUUUAAGAAAAGGAAAGUUUAUUCCAUUGUUUUUGCACCACUCACAUCAUUUUAAAUCAAAGAAAGUAAUUCUUUUGUAUUAGGAAGUGACAUAGGAUGCCAUCCUAUGGGGAGAGGGGAGUGUCACAUUACCGUUCCAUUGCAUUAGAAAGCAAAUCAUAUUGUUUCUCAUUUUUCAUCACAUAUUAUUGUUUCUGCCCCUGUAUUCUCAAAUUAUUUGUUUUCAGAUUUGUCACAUGAGCAUGUGUGGUUCCCACCCACUCCCUUUUUUAAAAUUAAAAAAUCCCUUGUGAACUUUGAAAUCGUGGGGGAAAAAAAGCAGGAAAAGUGCAAUUUUGAAAUGUGAGAAUGAAUACAUUUUAAAAAAAUGUGCAAGGCAAGGAUCAGAUGGCUGGAAUUUGGAAGACUACCGAGGCAUCAAAGCUUUGUAGGACACUGCCCAUAGGAAGGCCCAUCCCCACACAUCACCAAAUCAAAUCAUUGCAGGCAAAUUUGACAGAUCCCACCCCACAUGUUUUUUGUUGUUUCUCCAGCUUUAAAGCAGUUCCUGAGCUCAGGAGAUGAUUUCUGAUACUCCCUGUAAAGAAGUGUGUUUUUAUUUUGAUUUAUAGAUGUCAUGUUUAACUGUGUUUUAAAAGCCAUGUUUAACUGUGUUUUAAAAAGGGUUAAUAUUUCAGUUAUUCUGCUCUCAUGAGUGGUUGCCAUGGAGAAGGGGGCGGAGCCAACUGGGUUAGCUGAAGAAAGAGCAGAAUUUGGAGGGAAACUCAGUCAGUCAGUCUGUGGUCAGAGAACUACAGGGAAGGUUGAUUUUAGUGUGGGCUCUGUUGAAGCUCAGGGAAGGCUUAUCGUAAGUUAGGGGAUCAGGGAUAAAAUAAGUUUGGUGACUUAUUUUAAGGUAGUCUGUAAUUGGAGGAAUUGCAGUUAAGACUGAUUCUUAGUUGGAGAAUCAGGGUGGCUCAAAGGUUGGAUUUUGAGUCAAGUCUAAAAUAAGUUUGGUGACUUAUUUUAAGGUAGUCUGUUUCCUGACUAGGAACAGAUAUUCUGUGAUUGAAGUGGAAUUUUAAAGUUUGAAACACCUCAAUAUAACUUUGCAACUGUUCAGUAACAUGCCUCAAACAAGAAGAAAAGUUAUUGUAACCAUCAAGCUUGUGCCUAAAUAAAUGUGUUAUUAUUCCUUCAAACAUCUCAGUCUCUGUCAUACAUACACACAUCAAGAAUAAACAAGAAGAAAGAAGAAAAAUAAAAGUCUCCUCUCUAAAUAGCCAGUGGUUAAAUCUUCCAAUAGUGGUGGCAAGAAUUGACAAUCCCCUUAACAUUUGGGGACAGCAUAAUUUGGUGGCAGCGUUUUAAAAUAAACAUCAUUAUAUUGGUGGCAGCGAUUAAACAAAACAUCUUUAAUAACUGGUGGCAGCGGAUAUAGUUAUAUAUAUAUAUAAUACUAGCUGUGCCCGGCCACGCGUUGCUGUGGCGAAGAAUGGUGGUAUGGGAAAUAAAGUAUUGAGGAAUUGGUGGUAGUUAAGGUAAAGGGUAAACGUUUUCCUCUGACAUUAAGCCCAGUCAUGUAUGAUUCUGGGGGUUGGUGCUCAUCUCCAUUUCUAAGCCGAAGAGCCGUCAUUGUCCGUAGACUCCUCCAAGGUCAUGUGGGAUGACUGCAUGGAGCGGUGUUACCUUCCCACCGGAGCAGUACCUAUUGAUGCACUCACAUUUACAAGUUUUUGAACUUCUGGGUUGGCAGAAGCUGGGGCUAACAGUGGGGGCUCUGUCAGUUCCCCCAAUUCAAACCUGCGGCCUUUCGGUCCAGAAGUUCAGCAGCUCAGCGCUUUAACAUGCUGUGCCAUCAGGGGACAUUAUUUCCUAAAGGUUGUGAAUAUGCAAUAUUUCUGAUUGUUUUUUUUUUUGUCUGUUGGAGGCAAGUAUGAAUGCUGCAAUUAGGAAAAAUGAUUAGGAUGUAAUGGCCUUGCAGAUUUAAAGCCUAGCUGUUUCCUCCCUGAGUGAUUUGUUUGUUGGGAGGUGUUAGCUGGCCCUGAUUGUUUCCUGUCUGGAAUUACCUUGUUUUCAGAGUGGUGUUGUUUGCGAUAUUUUAUAUGCUUCUACUGUCUGUGGCCCUGAGAAAACAGAGGAUUGGCCAGACUUUGAUGAUGGGAAUCCUUUGUUGGGAGGUGUUAGCUGGCCCUGAUUGUUUUCUGUGUGGAAUUCCCCUAUUUUCAGAGUGUUGUUCUUUAUUUAGUGUUCUGAUUUUAGAGAUUGUAUUGUUCUGUUUUAUUAUACCACAUUAAUUUUUUUAUAUUCUGAUUUUAGUGUUUUUGAAUACUUGGAGCCAGAUUGUAUUCA